CCCCAACCAACAUCAAUUAGUUAAAUAAAUUUUGUACUCAAUUCUGCUCGUUUAUUGGUGGGUGAGUGCCAGCAGAGCCUCGCCACUUUCAGAUAUCAACUAACAGCGCAGCUUAUCAGUAGCAUUGGCCAGCUGAUCGUAAACUAUUUAGUAAACAACAAGUCUUAUUUAAUUACGCCGAGAGAAAAUGUCGCGAAAAAGUGCAAUUAAUCUAAUGCAAGCCAUAGUAAGCAAAUCCUGUCCCGCACACUCACAUGGAUAUAGUUCCGGCACUUUGGCUAGCCAGGCGGGUAAGAAGGAAUAUGCUUUUGAGAUGUCAUCGUCAACGGUGCGUUUCGGACCAGGCGUCUCUGCAGAACUUGGUGCCAAUCUACGCAAUUGGGGUGCAAAGUCUAUUUGUUUGAUUACUGAUAUUAAUGUUGCAAAAUUACCGAGUGUUCGUACAGCACUUGAUUCGCUCAGCCGUCAUGGCAUACAGUAUGAAGUCUAUGAUAAGACACGCGUUGAACCGACUGAUGAAAGUUUAUGGGCUGCUGUGACCUUUGCAAGGGGAAAACAAUUUGAUGCUUUUGUUGCUAUAGGUGGUGGCUCUGUUAUUGACACAUGCAAAGUGGCGAAUUUGUUUUCAUGUGAUAAAGAAGCGGAAUUUCUUGAUUACGUUAAUAAACCAAUUGGAAGUGGCAAAGAGAUUAAUGUUGAUUUGAAACCGUUGAUCGCACUGCCAACCACGUCGGGCACCGGUUCAGAGACUACCGGUGUGGCAAUUUUUGAUUACAAAAAACUGCAUGCCAAAACGGGUAUUUCCAGUAAAUUUUCAAAGCCAAAAUUAGCUAUCAUUGAUCCUCUACAUACACUCACACAGCCUGAGCGUGUGACGGCAUUUUGUGGCUUUGACGUUUUUUGCCAUGCACUUGAAAGUUUUACCGCCGUAGAUUAUCGUGAACGCGGUCCAGCACCGGCUGACCCCAGCUUACGACCACCAUAUCAAGGGCGUAAUCCCAUUUCAGAUGUUUGGGCCCGCUAUGCACUACAAAUUAUACGUGAGAAUUUCAUAAAUGCCAUCUACGAGCCUGAUAACUUGGAAGCACGCUCACGUAUGCAUUUGGCCUCCACCAUGGCUGGUGUGGGUUUUGGAAAUGCUGGCGUACAUCUAUGUCAUGGCUUGUCCUACCCUAUUUCGGGUAAUGUGCGCCAAUAUCGUCCAGCGGGUUACGCGGAUACACAUGCUAUUGUACCACAUGGUCUCUCGGUUGUUAUGAGUGCUCCUGCUGUUUUCCAGUUUACCGCGGCUGCCUGUCCAGAACGUCAUUUGGAGGCUGCGAAAAUACUAGGUGCUGACACCAGUAAUUCCAAGUUGUCAGAUGCCGGGCGUAUUUUAGCAGACACUGUUCGUACAUUUAUGCAACGAGCUGGUAUUGAAAAUGGGCUUAAGGCUCUUGGUUUCAAUAGUGGUGACAUUCCAGCAUUAGUGGAAGGCACUUUGCCGCAGGAACGCAUAACGAAACUAGCGCCUCGCGAGCAAAGUCAUGAGGAUUUAGCGAAAUUAUUUGAGAAUUCCAUGGAAAUAUAUUGAAAGACAAUGCGAUAUAUGUAUAAACGUGCAUACCUUUAUUUUUAUUUUGCCUGAAUAAAUCCGUAUAAUAUUUU